AUGCAAGCAGCUGAGAAGAUAUCGCCUCUGCGCCUUGGAUCCGCCGUUCGAGUCCUAACCAUCGGCCUUCUCAUGUCGGGGGCGGGCCAAUUGAUGGCAGACCAAGCGAUGGCAGACCAAGCGAUGGCAGACAGUGGGCCUAAGCCGACGGCCGACCUCGAUGGGCAGCUGAAGGCUCUGCACGCCAAAUCCGAUUUUCCGGGGUUUGCGGUCGCUAUUGUCGACCGUGAGCAGGGGGUCGUGUACGAGAGCGGGUUUGGUUGGGCCGAUCGGCAGAACCGAAAGCCUUUUACCGCUCAGACGGUGAUGAAUAUCGGGUCGGUGAGCAAGACUUUCAUUGGUGUGGCCCUAAUGCAGGCCGUGGAGAACGGGCAGAUCGAUUUGGACGCACCGGUCGAUCGUUACUUGGGUUUUUCAAUUCGAAAUCCGCGAUUUCCCGACAAGCCCAUCACGUUGCGCCAUCUGGCCACCCAUACCUCGGGGAUCGAGGACCGAGGCUCCAUUUAUCGGAAAGCCUAUUCGGAAGGCAUGGAGCCCUCGAUGGAGCUCGGCGAGUACCUGCGUCAAUAUCUGACGCCGGAAGGGCGUUGGUACAACCGGCGCAACUUCGGCAAAAAUCCGCCGGGCGACGCCAGGGACUAUUCGAAUAUCGGUGCUGCCCUAGCCGCGUACACCCUUGAGAAGGCCUUGGAGAAACCCUUCGACGAGCUGACUACCCGGUCGAUUCUCAAGCCUCUGGGCAUGGACGACUCGGGUUGGUCUUAUGGGGAUAUUGAGCUCGACAGCCAUGCUGUGUCCUACGACGGUGAUGACAUCGUUGAGCCCUAUACCCUCGUCACCUAUCCGGACGGUGGUCUCCGCACCAGCGUGUCGAGCCUCGGACGCUAUUUGGCAGCGAUUCUCAGAGGGGGUGUGCUCGGCGACGCAAGGAUCUUGGACGGGGCCUCAGUAGAGGCCAUGGUCGCGCCCCAAUUCGAUGCCCAGGAUCCUCCAGAGGGCGCGGGCGAUAAGAAUUCGGGAAUCUUCUGGAGCCUCGACAGCUCAGGGUUGAUCGGUCAUACGGGUGGCGAUCCCGGAAUUUCCACCAUGAUGGCCUUCGAUCCCGAAUCGGGUCGAGGAUGGGUCUUCAUCACCAAUUGCGAGCUCAACAAGAAGACCGGCGGACAGUUGCGGGAGAUUUGGAAUUUGCUCAAGUCGACUCCCUAG